AUGGGCCUCAAGAGAUCACACAUCCCAGAUUUUCAAUGUUCAAUUUCUCACGACCUUAAUCUCACUGUAUAUUUGGCACUGUCAUGUUGUGCUAUGAUAGACAUUAAGGCUAGCAAUGUGUUGCUUGAUGGUGAGUUAAAUGGUCGACUUGGAGAUUUUGGACUAGCAAGGCUAUAUGAGCACGGGUCAAACCCGAGUACAACUAGAGUGGUGGGCACAUUGGGGUACCUUGCACCAGAACUGCCAAGGACAGGGAAGGCCACAACAAGUUCUGAUGUGUAUGCCUUUGGGGCCCUGUUGCUUGAGGUUGUAUGUGGAAGAAGGCCAAUUGAGCCUAAGGCAGGGCCUGAAGAGUUGGUAUUGGUGGAUUGGGUGGGGGAGAAGUGGAGAGAGAAGAGAUUUCUUGAUGUGGUGGACAUUAAAUUGAAAGGUGAAUUUGAAGAGAAAGAAGUUGUGAUGGUGUUGGAGUUGGGACUAAUGUGUUCAAGCAAUGCGCCAUUGACACGGCCUAGCAUGAGGCAGGUGGUGAGGUACUUGGAAGGCGAGGCUGUGGUUCCAGAGGUGUUAAGGCCAGCUAGUGCAUAUGAUGGAGGCAUAGGGGAUGGUGGUGAUCAGGAAGGGCAUAAUGAUUUUCUUCAUUCAUCGUCUUCGUUGGAGAAGACAACAAGGCCGUAUUCAUUCAUGGCAAAUGGAGAUGUUGAUGCUAGUUUUGGUUCUGUUUCUACUUCCCUUCGUCCACUUCUCAUAACAAAGGGGAUGCCAGAUAGUAAGGGCAGUCUUCUAAAGGCGAUCUUCCUGACUUUUCCUGGAAAAUAUUUCUUGAUUCAAAGGAAAUGA